AUGCGCUCAGCCAUUCCCAUUCUAAUCUGCUGCUUGUACGCACUUAGCGCUGCUGAAGUCACAUCCAUCUCAGAGGGAGGAAAUGCUUUAGUUGAGAAAAGUAUUGUCAAGGCUGCCGAACCUCAACAACUUUGGUCCGAAGUCAAGAGUGAUGAUGAUGGUGAAGUCGACGACGAGGGCGAUAAGAGUGGCAAAGGUGGCCACAGAAGCGAUGAAUGUGCUACCCGUUCUGUUUCCAUCUUAAUUGGAUCUAGCACCUUUGCCAUUCCCUGCUUGGGAGCCGGUUCUAUCGUUGAUGUUAAUGGCUUUAUUCCCAUUGCAUUUUCUUCACUUUCCCCCUCUCCAUCUCCUGAGUCUUCUUCUAUUGCUAGCUCAGCUGCAUCAACCGUCUCAGAAACUACAAUGACAUCAACUACCACAUCAACACCCAGCAUAUGUCCUAACACCCAGACCGCUUGUGGAAACAAUGGCAUUUGCACCGACUGCACAGAGGGUGGCGCAUUGCAAAAUUCAAUAUGUUUCAACGGUGUAUGCUUCCUGCCCCAACCUUAA